GAAGCAAGAUGGCGGACGUGCUGGACCUUCAUGAGGCUGGGGGCGAGGAUUUCGCCAUGGAUGAGGAUGGGGACGAAAGCAUCCAUAAACUAAAAGAAAAAGCGAAGAAACGGAAGGGCCGCGGCUUUGGGUCCGAAGAGGGGUCCCGAGCGCGGAUGCGAGAGGAUUAUGACAGUGUAGAGCAGGAUGGCGACGAACCUGGACCACAACGCUCUGUUGAAGGUUGGAUUCUCUUUGUCACUGGAGUCCAUGAAGAAGCCACUGAAGAAGAUAUCCAUGACAAAUUCACUGAAUAUGGGGAAAUAAAAAACAUCCACCUUAACUUGGACAGGCGUACAGGAUACUUGAAGGGGUAUACUCUCGUGGAGUAUGAAACAUACAAAGAGGCUCAGGCUGCCAUGGAGGGACUCAAUGGUCAAGAUUUGAUGGGACAGCCAAUCAGUGUCGAUUGGUGUUUUGUUCGGGGUCCACCAAAGGGCAAGAGGAGAGGUGGCCGAAGACGAAGCAGAAGUCCAGACCAGAGACGUCGUUGAUAGAUCCUCUGUUGACCAGGUGGUCUCGCCACGAGUCCAUUUGGUUGUGCUGCCUUGCAUAAAUAGGGUUAGGGUAGAACUUUUGUUUAUAUUUAAUAACUUACCCUAUCUACUUAGUAUUGCUUUGAGUUAAAAAAAUAAAUAAAUGUUUCAUUUUGUUUUCUA